CGACGCCUUUCUUGCUUCCUGAACCUCUCCUCCGGCUCCCUGCUUUCACCCUCCCGCUACAUCACGCCUACAGCCCAUAAUGUCUGGAUAUGAUCGAGCUCUUUCAGUCUUCAGCCCUGACGGGCACGUCUUCCAGGUGGAAUAUGCCACGGAAGCCGUCAAGAGAGGAACCUGCGCCGUCGGAGUCAAAGGCAAGGACGUGGUCGUUCUCGGCUGCGAGAAGCGCUCCGCUCUGAAGCUCCAAGAUACCCGCAUCACUCCCUCCAAGAUUGCCGUCAUGGACAACCACGCCGUCCUCGCUUUCGCCGGUCUGAACGCCGACGCUCGUAUUCUCAUCGACAAGGCCCGUCUAGAAGCUCAGUCCCACCGUUUGACGGUUGAAGACCCCGUCACCAUCGAAUACAUCACCAAAUACAUUGCCGGGGUGCAGCAGCGGUACACACAGAGUGGAGGUGUCCGACCCUUCGGUAUCAGUACCCUGGUCGUUGGAUUUGACCCGAACGAUAAGACGCCCAGACUCUACCAAACUGAGCCUUCGGGUAUCUAUUCCGCUUGGAAAGCCAAUGCUAUCGGACGGUCCAGCAAGACGGUUCGCGAGUUCCUCGAACGCAACCACCAGGAUGAUAUGGACCGGGAGCAGACCAUUCAGCUGACCAUCAAGUCGCUACUGGAGGUCGUGCAGACUGGAGCGAAGAACAUCGAAGUGGCCAUCAUGUCGCCCGGGCAGGCGAUCGAGAUGCUGCCCGAUGACCAGAUCGAGGCGUACGUGAAGAGCAUAGAGACGGAGAAGCAGGAGGAGGCGGCCAAGAAGAAGACGGGCCGGGGCGGCACCACGACGGCGGCCAUCCUCACACGGGGUGGCGGCGAGGGCAGCGAGAGCCGGGAGUAGGCGAUCGGCGGAUGCGAUAAACUAGAGGACUACGAGGGCUACGUCGAACUAUGAGACUCGUGCGUGCUUUUAUCCGGUUAAUAUUCCAGGGAUCUUGCAGAAGCGGUUGCUUACGUCCUUUUACGAAAAUAAACUCCUUUACACGGUAAUCCAGGUGGUGUCUGCUCUGGUAUAUGAAAAGGUCUAGGGUGAUAUACAAGAUUAUAAAGGAUGUAUGAGCA